UUCACGGUUGAAGUCAGAUAUGUGGAGACAAACAGAAAUACAAUAAUUGCUCUGAGAGUUGGCCAUGAGGAGGAUGCUGGGAUGAAAUGGAAAUACCUGAUGGCCCAGAUUGGCCGUAUAGAAAGACCUUUUAAAAUCACCUUGCUGUAUUCAAACUGUGGAGCACAAGAGGUUGGAGUACUGGCAGUGGGCUCCUUGCAACUCAGGAACUGCUUUCAUGAUAAAGAAAACCAAGAUCUCUCUCUAUAUGACAAGGUCUCCACCAUCCCCUGCCUCCCUGGAGGCUGUGUCAGCCACCUACAAAUCUGUGAAUUCAUCAGUGAUUGCCCUGCCAAAGAACAGGAAGGAGUGAGGUGUGACAGUCUUCCAGAGGGCUCACAUUGCUCUUUUGAAGAGGGUCCAUGUGGCUGGACACUGAAUGAAACUGCAGCAUCUCCUUGGUCUAUUCGGGGUUUUACUGGAAUGAUUCAAGAUGACUCACUUGUAGGGUCUACCUUGCAAGCCACUGCUGGACAAUUUCUCUACUUGCGAGCAGACAGCAAUCAGACAAGUGGUAUGGCCAAGGCUUACAGUGCCAGCUUGCCAGCCAGUAUUGCCACUGAAGACUACCAGAUCCAAUUCUCAGUGCAUGUUUUUGGCAGCUACAAUGGUACCAUCUCCUUCUCUGUCAGCGAAGAGAUAAAAGGAGCUCCAAUCAUCUUGCCCAUGUGGGAAAGAGCAGGGAGCUGGAGUGACCACUGGUUUCUCAUCACCUUACCAAUGCCAGUGCUUCAGAAUCGGUUUCAACUGGAACUCCUGGCAAACUGGGGCUGGAAUUCCCAAGCUGACAUUGCUGUUGACAACAUUACAUUUGGACUGGGCUGCUUCCCUGACAGAAGACAAACAAAUCAUUUCGUUGGGAAGCGCCAGUACCCACGGGAGAUUAGUAUCCUGGAUGAACAUCUUCUGAACCCCCUGGAAGAGCCCUCCCUCCCAGGGGAUACGUCUGUUGUUCUCUGGUGGUUCACAACAUGUGGUGCCAGUGGUCCACACGGGCCAACUCAAGCUCAGUGUGACAGUGCCUAUAAGAACAGCAACGUGUCAGUAACUGUGGAGAAAGAGGGCAGGCUGCGAGGGGUGCAAGUCUGGAGAGUGCCAGCCACAAACCGAUACAGGAUUUCUGCCUAUGGAGCAGCUGGGGGGAAGGGAGCCAAAAACCACAAUAAGAGGUCCCAUGGGGUCUUCAUCUCAGCCACCUUCCAGCUGGAGAAAGAUGAGCUGCUGUACAUCUUAGUGGGGCAGCAGGGGGAGGACGCCUGCCCUGGGGGCAAUCCUGAAACCCAGAAGAUCUGCCUGGGGGAGUCAUCUCUCAUUGAAGAAGAUUACAAGAAAAAAAAGGACCUGAGGGAUUGGGCUGGAGGAGGUGGGGGUGGAGGAGGAGCAACCUACAUCUUUAGACAGAAGGAUGGGAUUUUCGAACCUUUGCUCAUCGCAGCAGGAGGAGGAGGAAAAGCCUACCUGAAGGCUCAGGACAGCUCUCUGGAUGAUGUACCCCUGGAGCAAUUUGAGAACAGCACUGCAGUUCCUGGAGUCAGUGGGAGGACUGGGGCUGCAGGUGGAGGUGGUGGCUGGCAAGAUGAGAGUCUGCUUCCUCAGUCUGGGAAGUCCCUUCUGGAAGGUGGAGAAGGGGGUCAAGCUUGUCCCCAAGCGCUAGCCAAGCUUCAGUGGGCCACCUCAGGUGGCUUUGGAGGGGGAGGAGGAGCUUGUACUUCUGGGGGAGGAGGUGGAGGCUACAGAGGGGGGCAUGCCUCCAAUACUGAUGAUAUCACAGCUGGUGGGCAGGAUGGUAUCUCAUUUGUGAACCCCAUUGGAGAAAUCUUCUUGCAUCCCCUGGCAGCCAUGGAGAGUCAUGGGGAGGUGGAGGUUCAGAUCUAUCUGAACUGCAGCCACUGCCACUCGGACAACUGUAAGCGGGACCCUGACACCAACCUGCCAGUCUGCCAAUGUGAGAUGGGGGCUGUGCUAGCCAAUGACAAUGUCACCUGCACUGUGCCCCCGGGUCCUAUUCCAGAGAGUCAACUGCCUCUCCCACUCCUCCUAGCUGUGGUGGCUGUGAUUGUGGUGCUUGGAAUGAUCCUUACUUGUGGCAGCCUAUCUAUCAUUUACCACCUUAAGAAGCAGCAGCUGGAAGGAGCCAGAGCACGACUGCAGAGCCCAGAAUAUAAACUGAGCAAAAUCCGCACAUCAGCCAUCAUGACAGAUUACAACCCCAACUACUGCUUUGCAGGGAAGGCCGCCACCCUGAGCGAGCUGAAGGAGAUCCCACGGAAGAACAUCUCUCUGCUUCGGGCACUAGGACAUGGUGCAUUUGGUGAGGUUUAUGAGGGAACCGUGGUAGGCAUCGCAGGGGAUCCCAACCCUCUUCAAGUGGCUAUCAAGACCCUGCCAGAAGUCUGCUCUGAGCAGGAUGAGAUGGAUUUCCUAAUGGAAGCAUUGAUUAUCAGUAAGUUCAAUCACCAAAAUAUUGUGCAGUGCAUUGGUGUUAGCCUACAGACGCUGCCUCGCUUCAUUCUGCUGGAGCUCAUGGCUGGAGGAGAUAUGAAGAGCUUCCUUCGGCAGAAUCGACCCAGGACAAAGCCAAGCAUGGCUGUGCACGGGUCCCAGCUCCUACAUUUAGCUAGGGAUAUUGCCUGCGGCUGUAAAUAUCUGGAAGAGAAUCAUUUCAUCCACAGAGAUAUAGCUGCGAGGAAUUGCCUUUUGACCUGCACUGGAGCGGGACGAAUAGCCAAGAUUGGUGACUUUGGGAUGGCCAGAGAUAUUUACAGAGCAAGUUACUACCGUAAAGGAGGAAGAGCCAUGCUUCCUGUCAAGUGGAUGCCACCAGAAGCUUUCCUAGAGGGCAUUUUCACCUCUAAGACUGAUACCUGGUCCUUUGGUGUGCUGCUUUGGGAGAUUUUCUCUCUAGGCUACAUGCCCUACCCUUGCAAAACCAACCAGGAAGUGCUGGAAUUUGUCACCAGUGGAGGAAGAAUGGAUCCACCAAAAAACUGUCCAGGACCAGUGUACCGGAUCAUGACCCAGUGCUGGCAGCACAGCCCAGAGUAUCGGCCAAACUUCUCCACUAUCCUGGAAAGAAUCAAGUAUUGCACACAGGACCCUGAUGUGGUCAACACUGAGCUGCCCAUGGAGUGUGGCCCCGCACCGGAGGACGAAGGGGGUACGGUCAUGCGCCCAAACAUUUCCAGUGGGAUCGUGCCCCUGUUGGUAAGCCCUUCUCUCACACCUCAGACCACGCCUAAAGCACUGGACUCCCACCAGGCUGGGCACAAACUUGUACAGUGUCCACAAGAGCUGCUGGUAGAGAACCUGAGCAACCGGACUGCUCGAGGGCCCAGCCUGCCAUGCCUCACUGAUUUCAACAGUGGGCCCUGGUUCCAGCGGACCUCGAACCAGAAGCUGGAGCUCAGCAAUCCACCAAGCCACAGACUUCAAAACAAAACAAAAAAUCUUUGGAACCCAACCUAUGGAUCGUGGGUGCUAGAGAGCAUCUGUCACUUCAGCCCCAGCUCCAAGCCCAAAGCAAAUCCGGAGCGGGAAGAUUCGGGCUUUGAUGGGAAUUGCAGUUCUUCUCCCAGCUCCCGGGCAUCUCCAGCAUCUCCAAGUCGAAGCAACUGCCCUCAGCUGGAUGUCAGUGGGAUUGAACUGGUGAAACUCCAGACUUUCCCCUGUGGCAAUGUCAAUUAUGCUUAUGAUGACCUGUGCUGUGGCACUGAGCACCAACCGUCAGCUUUGGCAGGGGUCAGAGGAACUGUGCUAAGGAGCUCCAGCCUGCACAGAGGUGAAAAGCCUUUUUGUAAAACAGAGAAAACAUCGAGGGAGAGGGACUCUGGUCUGUCUUUGUCAGAUGACCUGAGUGUUACUCCAGUAUAA